UUUUUUUUUGAUUUAUAUCAAAGAAUGGUCUCAUUAACUACUCUUUACUCUCUUGCAGCAGCUUGUCUGAUUCCAUUUGUUAUGGCACAAGACAAGCCUACUAUCCCCUCAACUAUAAUUGCUAUCAAUGUUGGAGAAAAAGACACUAGCCAACUCUUUAGACUGGAAUGUAACCCUACUGGUGGAGACCACCCUAUACCCGAAGCUGCUUGUACCUUUUUAGACUCCAUUGAGGGUAACUUCGAUCAAGCCAAGAGCUCUGGUGGUGUUUGUACCUUUGAGUACGACCCAGUUACUGUAACUCUCUUCGGUCUCUACGAAGGAAAAGCCGUUUACUUUGACAACGCUUAUCCUAAUGAUUGUGAGGCUCGCAAUGUCCUUGGUGAUUUAUAUCCCAUUGUUGAAGAGGGGGAGCAACAACAACAGCAAUAGUAAUAGUAAUAGUAAUAAAUAUUUAUCUACAUAAUA